AUGACGACUCAGCUGCUGGCCAACGAGCUUGCCAACCUCAUCCAGGAAAGCAAGAGGAAGCACAAUGACUUGAGACAGGCCGCUGAAAAGUCGCUUGAAGAGCUCAAGCAGCUUGGGAACGUAUCUGAGCAAGCUGCUCCAGAAUGUAUGAAAGCUCCAUCUACGCCACACGCGUCUUCUUUCGACAGUUUUGGCCAAAAUGAUCUCACACCAGUCUUCAUAGUGCUCUCGCAGAAACCCAACUUUGUCAAUCCCUUCAUUAUUGCCUGCGGGACCAAGAAUGCAAAGUUCACGAGCAUCGCCAUCGUCUGCCUCCAGCGGCUCAUUGUCGCCAAGGCUCUGCCCAAAUCGAAGCUCAACCAAGUGCUGGAGGCGUUGAUGCAGGCAUCUUCUGCUGGGUUAGAUGUGCAGCUAAAGAUUCUACAGGCUCUGCCGUCGUUGCUGCAGAAUUACUCUUCUGAGCUGAAUGGCGAUUUGCUGGUGACGACGUUGAACAUUUGCUUCAUUUUGCAGAGCAGCAAGAAUGCUAUUGUGAAUAACACGAGCGCUGCAACAUUGCAGCAGCUAGUUGUUUCGGUUUUUGACAAGGUUGUCGCUGAAGAUAAAAAUGGAUCAGACUCUCCCGUGGCUGGGGAAGCACCGUCUGCUGAUGGGACGGUUCAGCUUCGCUCAGCUGCACUUGAUGCAUACAGAAUUUUCAACGAUUUGUGUCUCAUAACGGAAAAUCAAAGACCAGAGUUCUUGAGAUUCUCGAGCUUGCCGCAGACUUUUGGGCUCGAGCUGAUCGAGUCUGUAAUUACGAACCACGCCUCUGUGUUCACUACCCACCCUGAACAGGCUCAUGUUCUUCGUGUCGCUGUCAUGCCCCUCAUUGUCAGUGCGCUCAAAGGGAAGCCUUCAUUUGCUACUACCGUCAGACUCGUGCGCAUUCUCUAUACAAUGGUCCGAAGGCAUAUUGGAAUUUUACCCAAGGAAUGCGGCGAUGCUUUGGAACUUCUUACCCAUCUUCUAGACCAGGAUUCGGCAUUGUGGAAGCGGGCUCUCUGCAUGGAAGUAUUCCGAAGCAUAUUUGGCGACUAUACCUUGGUACGAAAGAUAUUCUCACUCUAUGACGCCAAAGAGGGCGAGAGAGAUGUCAUCAAGACAUUGGCGGCGACGUUUGUCAGGCUAAGCACUGAAAAACCUGCCGUCAUCGGGCUUGGCCAUCAGUCUACGGUGCCAAUGUCGGAUCCCUCGAGCAAUCUUGCUACGUCCACAGAUCAGGCGAUGCUUGAGGCUGGCAUGAGCGGCAUCAUCAGCAGCUCCAUCAAUUCCGAAGCUUCAAACACAGGCAUUAGCACCCAAUGGAGCUCUAUCCGAGUUCCAUGCAUUGACCAACUCGAUAAGACGGAGCCACCUCCCAUUCCAGAAUCAUACGUCUACAGUCUGAUAUUGUCAUGUCUUUCGUCACUGUCGGAUGGUUUGGCCAAGUUUAUCCUUCCCCUUACAGUACCAGGCGAGAGCCGCAACCGCCGCAAGGCCUCCAAGCACGACCCUGGCCGAGACUCCCCCAUUCCUUCAGACUCACCAAGAAAGAAACAGACAGGUUUGGAACGAUCUGCGUCCUUCAAAAAGAAUCCUGUCCCCGUCAACCCCCUCCAGUUGGAAGAUCAUCCCGUGUACCCUGAUGUCAAGAUAUGCGCAGCCAUUGUUGAUGAAUGCUGGCCUGCCAUUCUUGCCACAUUCUCUACUUUCCUAUACGCUGCCCUCGAUUCCGAAUACUAUCACGGCCUGGUCCGAUCGUUUCAGAGAUUCGCCCAUGUGUCGGGCCUCCUGCAGCUUGCAACUCCUAGAGACGCCUUCUUGUCAACACUCGGCAAAUCUGCUGUACCUCCUAAUCUCCUCACUGCUUGCAUGAACUCUGGGCAGACCAAACCGACGCCACCGACCACUCCCUCUGAAACGGCAAACACACUCUUCAGCAACGCCCGUGGUUUAUUAAGCGUCGAAGCAUUGACACCAGGCUCCCCUUCGACAGAAAAGCAGCGCCAUGCCUCAUUUGAUGUCGGUGCAGUUUCACUGAACUCGCGUAAUCUUCUCUGUUUGCGGGCACUUCUCAACCUCGGCAUUGCCCUAGGUCCAACUUUAGGGUCGGCAUGGGGCAUCAUCUUUGAGACCUUACAGCAGGCAGAUUUCGUGCUGUUUGCAACGGGCAAGGCGCCUGGUCGAACUCCGUCUAUUGGUCGCAGCACCGAGCAAGGCAGUGAUGCUGACUCACUGAUGGCCAACUUCAGCAACGAGAUAAGAUCCGUUGAGACUGCGGCCUCGCGGUUAAUUGAGAGCACUGUUGACUUCCCCAAUGCGCCAUUUGUAGAGGUUGUCGAAGCAGUGUGCAACCUCCUCGAGCAAAACUCUUCGGAAAAGGCGGGAGCCAGUGACCCGACUUCCCCAUCACCCAUAGAGCCCUCGCAAAAGCAACUCGGCCAUGGCCAUCGUCGUGUGUUGAGUUUUUCCAGUACUACGUCUACGUCAUCAAAUCAAGAAUUUUUGUUCGCGCUGGCCAAACUUGGCGAGAUUGCUAGCGUCAACUUGGAAAGACUACUUAUGAAUAGUCCAGCCGCCUCAGGGUGGAACAUUUUGACGGAUGAAAUCAUCAAUGCCCUCGAUUCCCCGAUCCUAGGUGCCCCUGUGAGAGUAAAGGCUGCCGAGAUACUUGCCCGGCUUGUCCUGGAGGCCGCUACCGCAACAACUUCGAUCCCGGAAGACAGUAGAGGUCCAGUUCAGUUGCGGUUGCUGUCAUCUUUACGGGACGCGCUGGCGGCUCUUAACAAGAAUGCCCGUAGUGCAUCAGUCGCAAGCAUCGCGACGGACAUUGACGUUCACAGAAUCAUUCUUGAGGGUUUGAAGAGUCUGAUUGAAAGCUGCGGUGAGAGCUUGGUCAGCGGUUGGGACAUCGCGUUCGAAAUUAUCGGCAGUGGAUUCGUGACAUCCAAUGCCAUACAAGAACAUAGACGAGGAUCAGAGGGCGCAGGUCUGCUCUCCACGAGGUCUCCUAAGCUUACGAGAUCCGCAUUUGGCUCGUUGCAACUUAUUUGCUCCGACUUUCUAUCUUCACUGCCCAACUCUUGCUUCUUGAUUCUGGUGGAUACGCUGUAUAAGUUUUGCUCUCAAGACGACGACCUUAACAUUGCACUCACGACCGUUACAUUCUUUUGGGUCCUGUCAGACUUCCUCUCUGCCAAGGAAAAUACCCUGGAGAUUAGUUCCGAUCUUCUGAAUGGGUCUGGCGAGUCCGAACUCGAGAAAAAGGCAGCAGAUCACACGCACAAGGGGUCAGAUGCCGCAUUGUGGAUGUUGCUGCUUCUCAGACUGGCUACAGUCACCUCAGAUGAGCGGCUAGAUCUGCGAAACUCAGCCAUCCAGACCCUUUUAAGAAUCUUUGAUGCCUAUGGUGGGCGGUUGAGCCCAGAAGCGUGGUCAAUUUGUAUGAAGUCGGUGAUUUUCAAGCUUCUGUACUCUUUGGAAGAAGAGCUGGACGCUGCCUCUGACGACGAUGUCGAUGAAAGGGACAGAGUGGACUGGCACGGCACGGCUGUCGUGGUUCUUGACGGCAUCUCUGGCCUUCUCGCCAACCACAUUGACGUUCUUACGGCUCAUCCUUCAUUUAAUCAACUAUGGCGGGAACUACUUGGGCACUUUGCAACUCUUCUCGAUUUCAAGGUUCUUGAGAUUAAUACUGCGGCUUUCAAAGCGUUAAGCCAUGUUCUCUCGCAAACUUCAGAUGAUAAGAAACCAAUCUUCAACAAGACGACUGUUGAAUUUGCCUGGGACUUGUGGUCCAGGGGCAUCCCGACUUCAAAGCCGGUUGGCGGCAAAGACGAAGACAAUCAGAACUGCUUGGUGGCAUACGUGGCAGCACUACGGGACGUUUACAAACUCAUUCAGGCGGAUCUGACUGUCGAUACCGUGAAGCGCAUGCUCACCUUGCUGCGUCAAACAGUUGAAGAAGCCUCAGUGGGAACAUAUGUCCAAGAUAUCGAGCACGCUACAAGCCUGCAGACCCAAACGCUCGCCGCCGUCCAAAUGAUCCGGACUGACGUGGAAGGCGUGCCGUCAGUCAUGAUCAAGCAGGUGUCAGAAUUUGUCAUGUUGGCAUACAACCGAGAUCUUUCUGCGUCUAAACCAAAACGCACAUUUGUAGCCAUGUCUAAGGCCAGCAUGAAGCUGGUCGAGGCGCUCAUACUAAAUCACGCUGCUGACCAGGAUAUCUAUAAGAGCGGUGCCUUUUCAGAUGCGCUGGCAGCCCUUCACAAGCCAAUUUCUCUGAAAUAUGGCUUUCCCAUCACUACCAAGUCAGUCCAACCUUGGAGAUUGGCAACAUCAUCAGUUUUGUCAAUUUUGGAGGCCACACUUUCACAGAUCAGUGGCUUGCAUAUUCCCCGCGAAACGGUUCAGAGUAUUUGGGUCACUGUUGUCGCUGUGGCGGAUGGUAUCCUGAGUGCGGAAUGUGACGAGGCUUCCGACGGAGCAUCCUUUGAAGAGGACGAAAAAUUCGAUAUUUCGUCGUUCCACAGCCUACAGGCCUUGAUCAUCCCGUCCCUUGGCUCAGAAAGCGUGCCCGAUGAGGCCAGGAAGUCAUAUGCUGAAAGCCUGUUCAAGAACUCCGUCAUCCACAACUUUACUCCUGCAGAAAGGCAAUUCUCAAGUAAAGAAGACGAACACGGUCUUUCUUCUCUCUACGCAGCGAGGUCAGGCCGCACGGUAGCUGUUCCACCGACACUGCGGAAGAACAUGGCCUACGUUGCAUUCAACGAGCUCUUUUCUCUGGUAUCAACCGACGACGACAACGUGUCAAGCAUGCCACAAAACACCAAACAGGGGUCCAAGAAGAAAAACAAAGACACCAAGGACAAGGCGACUAUAUCCACUUUCCGCGACCGCAUCGCCAGCACAGCAGCGCCAUUCCUCAUUCUCCGAUGCGCAUUAACAAUUCGCGCGUAUGUUGCAGAUCAGCCACUCCGAGGACAGAUGCCACAACCGCUCAGUCAGCGUAAGGAACUAGUUUGGACGCUGAAGAAGUUGGUGGAGCUUGAGAGUCGUGGCCAAGCCAUACCAUCGCUGGAGAAGGCUGAGGGUGAGGGCAGGAAACACCUUUUGCGACUAUAUCCCUUGUUGGUGAGGGCAUUGGGAGUUGGGGGUGAUGAUACAGUGCUGCGGUUGCUGGGUGAGGCAUUGGAAGCCGUUGGCGGUGAACUGGGGAUUGUUUAG